AUGGCGCCGAGUUACCUGCCCACACCUCUACUCUUCUUCGCUUGUGUACUGGCAGUGGCGGUGUGCGGGCCUGCAGAGUCUUAUAACAAACUGUCUGUUAUAAGACUCCAUCAGUCUACUCACACACCAGUCCUUCCACACAUGAAGACGGACACACACUCCCUCCACCACAACCGCUCACAACGCCCCCUGCCAUCGUACAGCCUCAGCGUGACAGAAGCAGGCCGGACGACCGAGGAAGGACUAGCUGCAUUUUUGUCCUAUGCCGCCGUCGAAGUCAAUCUCUACCUGCUGUAUGACCUUACAAACUAUGAAGUGGACGAGUUAGUCAGGAACCACCAAGAGAACUACAACAUGAGUAAAUCAGUGACGUUGAUACAGUACUCUGAGGAUCUGUCCUACCUAAAGGAGGUGCUGACGACUAGAGCCACACACCUGGGCACCAGGCACAUGCUAGUUCUCUGCUCUACACAACACACCAUCAGGAUCUUUCAAUAUGUACGUCAGAAACAACUAGAGUCGCCAAGUAUAUGGUGGUUGGUGGUGGGGGAGACAGAUGUGUUACAAUCUCUUCAGCCACUACUGUGGGAGGGCUCCCUGGUGACACUGGCACUGAGAACAUCACCCACCACCUCUAACUUCAUGGUAUCAAAGGUUGACCACACUGGCCUCCCUAUGUAA